AAAGCCCCCCCCCCCGUCCCUUUUCCCCCUUCCGUUUCCCGCGGAAGCCCCUCCCUGUUAGCCGUUAGCCGCUGAGCUCCGUAGCCGGACGACAGGAGGAGUAGCCGGGGAAUCUGAGGAGAAAAACACGGAGCAGAGGAGGACAUGAGCCCGGCGGAGGACAGCAGAGGACCGCGGUGACCGGACAGCGAGCCUGCCGCCGAAAACAGCCGCUUCCCGGACCAUGCACUGACCCCUCGCUCGCCCCCGCUGUUAGAGAGAGAGAGAACGAUCCAGAAUGGGGUUUGGUCGGGACCUGAGGAAUUCCCACGAGGGAUUACUGAAGCUGCAGGACUGGGAGUUAAAGCUGCUGGAGACGGUGAAGCGCUUCAUGACGCUGCGAGUGAAGAGCGAUAAAGAAUACGCCGCCCUGCUGCUCAGCAUGACUCAGCAGAUGGAGAAACAGGAAGCUGCUGAUUACGUCAGCACGGUCAGCAAGUCCUGGUCUCAGGUGAUCCGUCAGACCGAGGCCCUGGGUCGGGUCAUGAGGAGUCACGCUGAUGAUCUGAACUCUGGUCCUCUGCACCGCCUGGCUACGCUGAUCCGGGACAAGCAGCAAGUGAAGAAGAGCUACCAGAGUCUUCAUCAGCAGCUGGAGAGCCAUAACCACAAGGUAACCAGGAGUGACCUGGACAAGCUGAAGGCGACGUACCGCCAGCUGAGCCGUGACGCUAACAACGCCAAGGAGAAGUACCGCGAGGCUCUGGCUAAAGGCCGGGAGGCAGAGCGUGCCCGGGAGCGUUAUGACAAAGCAACGGCAAAGCUCCACAAUCUCCACAACCAGUACGUGUUGGCGGUGUGCGGCGCUCAAACGCAGCAGGACGAACACCGGCGGCGUGCUGCACCAGCGCUGCUCGACUCUCUGCAGAGGAUGCAGGAGGAUAUGACGCUUCAGUUCUUCGAUGUGAUCCCGACCUCGGAGCGCCCCCUGCCAGAGCAGGAGUGGUAUCACGGCGCCAUCCCCCGCACUGAGGCUCAGGAGUUACUACGGCAACAGGGAGACUUCCUGGUGAGGGAGAGUCACGGUAAACCGGGCGAGUACGUCCUGUCGGUGUUUUCUGACGAGCAGAGACGACACUUCAUCAUCCAGUUCGCCGACAGUCAGUACCGCUUUGAAGGGACGGGCUUCUCCACCAUCCCUCAGCUCAUCGAGCAUCACUUCUCCACCAAGCAGGUCAUCACCAAGAAGUCCGGAGUGGUGCUGCUCAACCCCGUCGUCAAGGAUAAAAAGUGGAUCCUGAACCAUGAGGACGUGGUGCUGGGGGAGCUGUUGGGAAAGGGAAACUUUGGCGAGGUGUUUAAAGGGACGCUGCAGCGCGACAAAAUGCCAGUCGCCAUCAAAACGUGUAAAGAAGAUUUACCGCCAGAGCUGAAGAUCCGGUUCCUGUCCGAAGCCAGGAUCCUGAAGCAGUACGACCACCCGAACAUCGUAAAGCUGAUUGGCGUCUGUACGCAGCGACAGCCGAUCUACAUCGUCAUGGAGCUGGUUCCUGGUGGAGACUUUUUGUCCUUUCUGAGGAAGAAGAAAGACGAGCUAAAGACGAAGCAGCUGGUUCGGUUCUCUGUCGACGCUGCUGCCGGCAUGGCGUACCUGGAGAGCAAGAACUGCAUCCACAGGGACCUGGCAGCGAGGAACUGUCUGGUGGGAGAGGGCAGCGUGUUGAAGAUCAGUGAUUUUGGGAUGAGUCGUCAGGAAGACGACGGGAUUUACUCUUCAUCUGGACUCAAACAGAUCCCCAUCAAAUGGACUGCUCCAGAGGCUCUCAACUACGGUAACACCUGUCUCACUCGCGUCUCACUCCUGACUCACUCCUGACUCA